AUGACCGCCAACCUUCCAAGCCCUGAUCUUACUCUCAGCGAUACGACCUCACAGCCAGAUGACCAGCCGAUAGCCAUCCCAAAGACGUCCGCGGCCUACCAGCCAUCGAAUCAUAUAGAGACAAACGGCUAUGCCGACCAACCCCGAAUGUAUCCCAACGAGCCAGAAGCUUUGGAGAAGUCGGAGAGGAUCAGUAUUGAUGCCAGGACCAAGAUCUCGAGCCUGCUAAAAGACAAAGAGCAAGAAUGGACGGCUGUUGUGGAGAAGAAAGGUCCCCUACAUUUACUGGAUCUACCUAUGGACGUAUUGAAAGAGAUCGUCAAAGAGGUAACCCAUACAAAUGACCUGACUGCACUGGCCCUCACCCACUCUGCCUUGCAUAACCUCGCUAUUCCCCAUAUUUACUCACGAUUUGACAUUGUAUGGCCAGACGCCCAUGCAACAACGGACCCGAGGACCGGAGUGGAUGCUCUCACAUAUGGCCUUGCUACUUUGUGCAUGGGGAACGUCUUUACAGACCUUAAUAGAGAACAAUCCUAUACGUGCACGAAUUGUGGUACCGUCAAUAGUGCAGAAUGCCGCCAUGAUCUGGUGUCAUCACCCCGCAGUGGUCAGCGGCGACUUGGAAAUCAAUAUCCCCAAUUUACACGGAAGUUCUCUCUUGGAAAUGGGCCUGCGGACUGGGUACAAGAGUAUUUGAUUACGAAAGAAAGUGGAAAGAUGCUUGGAACUCUAGUUGCGCUUGCCGUGGCUAGGAUGGUGAACUUGGAAACAUUUGUCUGGGACAUGCCCACUGGCGUCUUACGGGAUGUUUGGCUGGCUUUAUCCUCCCUACAAAGUCGAAAUGCAGACCACGAUUGUCGACUAGAGCGGGUCUGGGUUAGGUGGCAUGAUAACUCUGACCCAGCAAAUAUGACAGCAGCUCAAAGCGCGGCAACGAACUCAAAUACCACCCCGCAGAUGUUGGCUACUAGUACUAUGACAUCUAUUGGGUGGACUCUACCCCCUGGGCCUCUUCCCAACCCCACUGGCACCCCUUACCCGCGGUCCUACGCACAAAGUCAUGUUGAGUAUCCAACACUGAGUGUUUUGCCACCCCUGAAGAGCCUAUCUGUGCUUGACAUUGACGAACUUGACUAUCUGGACGAAAUGAGUGUUCUAAUUGCGAAAUCUCAAGACCGCUUACGUGAAUUGCGGGUUGGAAUAUCUACCAAGGCAGUCAGCCGAGACUUUGCACUUGCCUGGGAUGGUGAUGGACUUCACCAAGUUGAUCACAAUGCACAGUGGCCUGGAGCAAGCACAAUACCUGAGCGGCGGCUGGGAGGAGUUUUGGGCGUGCUCUUAGGGCGCAUUUUUGAUAUUCGUAAGAAGCAAAAGACUACGAAGUCAGAAAAGAAAGAGCGAAUUGCGACUAUGGCUUCGUCUACUCCUGUGCCUAUGGAGUCGCAGCACACAGAAACACAAAUUCCCUUCCCAAGUGACAUGCAAACUGACGAUAUUUUGGGGAAUCAAGUAUCAGAUCCGUUGAAUAGCUCCGCAGAUGGGUAUUGGAUUGGCAAAAAAACCAAUACUGGCAGUGAAGCAGUAUCACCUGGAGUCACAUUCAACAUUGAUGGUGGAUCGUUGCCAACUGAUUCAAACGACCUCAACAUACUUGCUCCCCCUUCUGGGCUGACCGCUACCCCGCCACUAGAAUCUGCUCAGUCUGAUGUGGACUCUCUCAACGCUCUGAUAUCAGCUCACGGAAUUGACUCGGCGGUAGAUUUGCAGAGUCAUGAUAUCGCACAACCAGACAUUAUAGCAGAUCUUCCAUUACGUCGCUCACAAACCCAAAGUCAAAGACACUCGCACUUCUCUGAAACUUCUUCUACGGAAAGAGAAAGAUUGGAAGGGAAAUUGAGACUUCAAACCUUGGAGUUGGAACGUAUUCCCUUGUCUGUGGCCGUACUUCAAAAGGGCUUGGACUGGUCAGUAUUGACAAACUUGACGAUUCUCGAUUGCUCUCAACACGAUAGACUGUGGGUCAUGCUUCGCCGGCACUUUCAACCAUCACCUUUGGGCAGCACUCAUUCUUCAAAACAUGGAUCUAGCGUAUCAAUGCAGUAUCACCUGAAUCUUAAAAAGAUACAUACGGACGCUGCUUCUCCUGCUCUCAUUGCCUUCUUAAAAGAUACUCUAGCACCAAAUACUUUGGAGACGCUCUUUUUGCAAGAUCGCAAACGAUCCAACACAAGUAGUGUCACAAUUGACGCUAUCUACCGGGGUCCACUGAAGAGACAUCGUGCAAGCCUUAGGAAAUUGAUGCUAGACAGUUCAGACAAAAUCCCCAGAGGGCCAACAAGCUCGUCAGAUAGCUCAAAAUACAGGGCCUGGAUGCCAAACCGCGAUGUUCUUAACUUUAUCACGAGUGGACGCAUGUGUAACCUUCGAGAGCUGAGUAUUGCUAUUGACUAUAAAGAUUGGCAUCACUUCCUCCAACGUCUACCUCAAGUUCCUCACCUCCGUUCUCUGAACAUUCCCUUUAUUGCCGACCACGUUACCACUGCGUUCGACCCUCGAGAACUAGCUAUGCAAGUCGUCGAUGUAAUCGUUCUGCGCCCUGAGGUCGAGUUGUGUUACAUGGGCGUUUCGCACAAGUGCUUCGAAAUCUUGGAAAAUCGGCCCCAUGACGAGGCUCAUGGGUCGGGAGACGCGCACUCGAGCGCUGCGAACUUUGGCUCCGGCGUGACUGACGAAGAGGAUGACGAUGAAGACGAAGAGGGAAGCGAUGAGGAUGACGAUGAGGACGAAGAAGAUGACAACGGGACUCAAAUCCCUAUUGAUCCCGAUGAGACAGAGUCAGAAAUGUCUGACCACGACGACUCAGACACUGAUUCUUUUGAUGGUUCUGAGGAUGGUAAAUCGAAGGUCAGACUUCGUCUGCGAGAAAUCUUAUUCUACGACGAUAAGGUGGCUAUCUUCAAAGCUCGUCAUGGGAAGCUCUAG